AUGCAUGAUGCUGAUUGUUUAGAGUUUGGUGCUUUAACAGAAGAAGAAAUUCGUUUUUUAAGUCAACCUGAUGCAGAUUUCUCAGCAGAAAUGUUUGAAAGAAUGCACAUUACAAAUGAUAUAUCUCUUUACAAUGCAAAUACAUUAAGAGAUUCAGAAGAAUUUUAUAUACCAUUUGAUAGAGCUGAAAAGGAAAUGGUGAUAUCUCUUGUACGUGAGGAUUUAACCUUAAGAGAUGAGGAACAUCAUACAGCAUUUAAAAAGGUAACAUUACCAGAUGUAACUGUGGAAGAAUUUAUGACAGAAGGGAGUACUUAUUUAACACCUCGUAAAAGACAACCUACUGAAAUAACACAUAUAGAAACACCAACCAAAAGAAGACGCGUAUGUAUUUUAUCACACAAGUUCGAAGAUAUAACAAUUUCAAAUAAAGCUGAUAUUGCAACAAUACCAGAAACUGAAGUAGUUCCUGUUCCUAUUCCUACUUCAGACUAUUCUAUAGAACCAUUACAAAACUUGGAAUCAACGCAUGAAGAUCCACAACAGAUAAAAAUAAAAUCAAAAAGAAAAAGAAAAUUAGCUGAUAAAAAUACAAAACUCAAUCAUAAAGUAAUAAGAAAGUGGAUAAGUAAUGUCAAUGCCGAAACUAUUCCAUUAAGUAUAAAUAAUGUGAAUAUACCAACAUUAGAAAUUCUUUUUCAAGCAGCACCAGCAAGAUUUCUUUCUAUUCGCAAAAACAAAUGGAAUAGUCCCUUAAUUAAACUUUUCAAUGUGCACGUUGCUAUAUCAUCUACAAGGAAGAAAGCACGAAUUGAAUUUCCAUUGCUAGAAAAAUCUGCUGAAAUUUUACGUUUGGUAGAAAGAAGCAAUAAGUCUGAUGAAUUGCUUGCUGAAUUAUCUGCGAUAAAGUCCAUUGAUGCAAAUGGAAAAUCUAUUAAAGAAAUUAGUGUUCGUGAAUUGGAAAGUUCACAGCAGGAAUUAGUUAUCUCAAAUGUCGAACAACAAAUAGAUUUACAAAGCAUUGAACAAGACUUUGGUCUAUUAAAUAUUGCACGAAAUGGAACAGGUCCUGACUUGACAAUCCAUGAAAAAAAAAUAGAUCAUCAGGAAACUAUUAAACUCUCGCAGUCAUGUAUGUUAACAAAAUUGGAUUUGCUUGCACUCUUAGAAGUUCUCUGGCAUGAUACAGAAUUAGUUCGAUUCAUUGACGUUAUUCCACCUGGUCAAUAUAGUAAAGCCGAUGCGGCAUAUUGUUAUUUACUACUUUUAGUACAAAGAGUAUAUUGA